CGGAAAGUAACAGUGCCCUCCACCAGAACGGAGACCCAGCCCCAAGAGGUUUUUCAUGCGCCCGCGCUGAUAAGGCUAGUCACCCAAUGUGAACUCUCGGCUUUGAGCAUGGAAACUAAGUAGCUCGGGAAAUAAAUAUAGCGAGAGUCGACGUCGUUGAGAACAAAUUACACCCAGUGCUCGAAGUGUGAACGUCGUCGAGUUUUCGCCUUGAAAUAAUCAACAAAACAACGCUUUUCUUUACGUUGAAACAUCGAUGUGCGUACAGUGAACGCCGUUCUAAAUUGGAAAAUUCAAUAAGUUAGCCAUGGAGGAAAAGCGGGCCAACGGCGACAGCUGCGGCAAUACCAGCAACAGCACUGACAACAAGUCUCCUUGCAAUGGACAGUCAAAGAAGAAGGAAGUCCGCGUCUGGUGCGACGGAUGCUACGAUAUGGUGCACUUCGGACACGCCAACUCCCUGCGACAAGCCAAAGCUCUUGGCGAUAAAGUAAUUGUUGGCAUCCACACCGACGAGGAGAUCGCCAAGCACAAGGGACCUCCGGUCUUCACCGAGGAGGAGCGCGUCAAGAUGGUGAAGGGCAUCAAGUGGGUGGACGAGGUGGUGCUUGGUGCUCCCUAUGUUACUACUCUGGAGGUCCUUGACCAACACAACUGUGAUUUCUGUGUCCAUGGUGAUGAUAUUACAAUGACUGCCGAGGGAGUGGAUACAUACCAUCUCGUCAAGUCAGCUAACCGCUACAGGGAAGUCCGCCGCACGGCUGGAGUCUCGACUACAGAUCUGGUGGGUCGCAUGUUGCUCCUCACCCGCAACCACUUCCGCCAGGGUUCCGCCGAGUACGAUAUUGAGAAAGAAGUGAACAUUUUAAAACAUCAAAUAAAAUUCCGUUCAGGUUCAUCCAACAUGGGUCAAGAUUCGGCUGCCAAAAGUCCAUGGACGGGUUGCAGUCAAUUCUUGCCCACCACCCAAAAGAUCAUACAGUUUAGCGAUGGCAAGUCCCCCAAUCCAGGCGACAAAAUUGUAUAUGUUGCUGGUGCCUUUGAUCUCUUUCAUGUGGGACACUUGGAUUUCUUGGAAAAGGCCAAGAAACUUGGGGACUAUCUGAUUGUUGGACUACACACAGAUCCUGUGGUCAACUCAUACAAGGGCAGCAAUUACCCAAUUAUGAAUCUUCACGAGCGCGUUCUUAGCGUCUUGGCAUGCAAGUUUGUCAACGAGGUUGUGAUUGGUGCGCCCUAUUGCGUGACAGAGGAGCUCCUAGAACAUUUUAAAAUCGAUGUGGUCUGCCAUGGCCGUACACCGAUCUCGCUGGAGGAUGGAAAGAGCGAUCCAUAUGCCCUGCCCAAAACACGAGCGAUCUUCGAGUUGAUCGAUUCUGGAAACGAAAUGACAACGGAGCGGAUUGUUGAACGCAUUAUCUCUCAUCGGCUGGAAUACGAGCGUCGCAACCAAGCCAAAGAAAAGAAAGAAAUUGAGGCUUUCGAGGCUCUGCAAAAGCAGAAGUUGACUCAGAAGGCUGGGUAGUCGGAGCCAGAUUCCGGCCAUUUACACUAGGCGACACUGUUUUACUGGAUUUUGUUUAGUUUAAUUUUUAUCGUGUGCACAGUGUUUUUCCCGUUUUUAAAAAUUUUCCCCAUUGUUAUGUUGUGUUAAAAGUGAUGCGCCGCUCCCAAAAAUCACCAACAAAAAACCAAAUGCGUUGGAGAGCAACCAACACUAGCGGGACGCUCUCUUGUUUUCUAGUACAAUUUUUGAAUAGCUGCGGGUCGCACAUGCGGCUUUUCCAAAGCCUUGAUGAUAUGAAGUUUACCAUAUAUGCAACCGUAUAUAUAUAUAUAUUUGUAAUACCUUAAUCUAGCAUAUUUAAUGUCAAAAUUUUAUGUAAGGUCAAAAUUGUAAAUCACUCUCUGCCAGUUUCGGCAAUUGGAAAUGUAACUUGCUAAAUUUUAUGAAAUAUAUGUAAGGUGAAUAGCAAAGUAAAACUGUGCAGUUGUCCAAAUUUGUAAUUUGCUGAUUGUAAAUACGAAAUGGAAGCGCAAUUAUGAAGCCUGGAUUAGCAGGAAGCUGCUAAGUUAAACGUAAUCUCCGAUACUUUGUUCUUAUUAUUUAUAAAUUCAUAUGUAUGUUUCAAUGUUUAGCUUAUAGAUUAAAAAAUACAGAGCCAAAAAUAUUCAA